AUUGGCCUUUGAGGAUGUAUCUGUGAACUUCAGCCAGGAGGAGUGGGCUCUGCUGGAUCCUUCACAGAAGAAACUCUACAAAGAUGUGAUGCAGGAAACACUCAAGAACCUGGCCUCUAUAGGAAAAAAAUGGAAAGAUCAGAACAUUGAAGAUCAGUAUAAAAAUCAGGGGAGAAAUCUAAGACGCCAUAUGGUUGAGCCACUCUGUGAAAGUAAAGAAGGUAAUUGGUAUGGAGAAAUCUUUAAUCCAAAUCUCGCUCUUACAAAGCAAACCACUGGAAUGAAACCACAGGAAUGUAGUAUGUGUGGCAAAGUGCUCAUGCGGCGUUCGUCCCUUACCAGACACAUGAGGACUCACACUGGAUGCAAAUUAGAUGAGAAGCCAUAUAAAUGUAAAGAAUGUGGGAAAGCCUUUAGUUAUCUCAAAUCUUUUCAAAGACAUGAGAAGACUCACACUGGAGAAAAACUCUAUAGUUGUAAACAAUGUGGAAAAACCUUCAUAUAUCACCAGCGCUUUCAAACACAUGAACGGACUCACAUUGGAGAGAAACCCUAUCAAUGUAAACAGUGUGGCAAAGCUCUCAGUUCUCCCAGUUCUCUUCGAAUUCAUGAAAGGAUUCACACUGGAGAAAAGCCCUAUAAAUGUAAAAAAUGUGGGAAAGCAUUCAGUUGUCCUAGUUCUAUUCGAAUACAUGAAAGAACUCAUACUGGAGAGAAACCCUAUGAAUGUAAGGAAUGUGGCAAAGCCUUCAUUUCCCACACACGUGUUCAAACACACAUGAUAACGCACAAUGGGGACAGACGUUAUAAAUGUAAAGAAUGUGGGAAGGCAUUCAUUUUUCCUAGUUUCUUACGAGUACAUGAAAGAAUUCAUACUGGAGAGAAACCCUACAAAUGUCAACAAUGUGGUAAAGCCUUCAGAUGUUCCACUUCUGUUCAAAUACAUGAAAGAACUCAUACAGGAGAGAAGCCUUAUAAAUGUAAGGAAUGUGGGAAAUCCUUCAGUGCUCGUCCAACCUUUCGAGUACAUAUGAGAGUGCAUACUGGAGAAAAGCCCUAUAAAUGUAAAGAAUGUGGGAAAGCCUUUAGUCGUACAACUUACUUUCGAAUACAUGAAAGGACUCACACUGGAGAAAAACCCUAUGAAUGUAAAAAAUGUGGGAAAACCUUUAAUUAUCCUCUAGAUUUGCAAAUACAUGAGAGAAAUCACACUGGAGAAAAGCCCUAUGAAUGUAAGGAAUGUGCAAAAGCCUUUAUUUCUCUUGAAAACUUUCGAAGACACAUGAUAACACAUACUGGAGAUGGACCUUAUAAAUGUAUGGAAUGUGGGAAAGCAUUCAUUUUUCCUAGUGCAUUACGAACACAUGAAAGGACUCAUAGUGGAGAGAAACCCUAUGAAUGUAAACAAUGUGGGAAAGCCUUUAGUUGUGCUGGUUAUGUUCACAUACAUGAAAGAACUCAUACUGGGGAGAAACCCUAUGAAUGUAAGGAAUGUGGGAAAGCCUUCAUUUAUCCUACAAGCUUUCAAGGACACAUGAGGAUGCACACAGGAGAGAAACCCUAUGAAUGUAAAGAAUGUGGGAAAGCAUUUAGUCUUCACAGUUCCUUUCAAAGACAUGAAAGAAUUCAUAGUGGAGAGAAACCUCUUGAGUGUAAGCAAUGUGGCAAAGCUUUCAGUUUGUCCAGAUCCUUAAAAAAACAUGUUAGAAUGCACACUGGAUAAAAACCCUAUAAGUGUAUGCAAUAGGGGAAAGUUUUCAAUUUUAAAAAGUACUAUCAAAUUUAUGAAAAUUCCUGCUAUAGAGAAAUCCUGUAGAUGUAAUUAAAAUGGAAGGCUAAAUGCAAGGUAAUUCAUGUACAGUUAGGUGCCACACAAUGA